AUGAAAGUGCUAAAGUGGUUGUUGGUGAUUCUUGUAGCCAAUAUUGACAGAGAUAAUGUAACAGAGGCUCAUGUCAAUCACCUAAUGGAACUCCCAGGAAAAACUCCUGGGAUAACGAACUUUGUAAAAUUCCAAUCACAUUUAAAUUUGUACCUUCUGGAGAUUUACAACUUCACAGUGAGCUACCGAAUCGCGAGAGCCUGGACAGGACGACUUCCAUCUGGACACAAGCUUGGAUUUAUAGGUAUCCUAUCCCGCGGAGAAGUGGAUAUGGCCAUGGCGGCUGCUAUAUAUGUGCCAGAUCGAAAGGAUGACUGUGACUUUGUUCAUACCAGCUACAGGGCAAUCUUUGGCUUUGUCUUUCGCGUUACUUCUGAUUCUAGUGCUUCAGAAGCAUCCUUGAUGGCACCUCUGCAUCGCGAUGUGUGGACAUCUCUUUUCGUAACAAUAUUCAUCAUUCUGCUCGUUGGCCUUCUCGUGCGGGGAAUUUAUUUCUUCACAAAACUUUCUGUCUCAGGAUCAACAUCCAGGGAUUUUGUGGAUAUCUUUGCUGCUCUUUGUCAGCAAGGAAUCGAUCCAAUGCCACGGAAUGUAGUUCAGAGAAUAAUUGUUCUUAUGAUGCUCAUAAUGGCUUUCUUUCUCUAUAACUAUUACACCUCAUCGGUGGUUGGCGUCCUGCUGAGCACCCCUGUGAAAGGUCCCAGAAAUAUUGAAGAAAUUGUUGCAAGCUCCUACAAGUUAUCCGUUGAUGAUACAUCCUUUCAUAGAGUAAUUUUUCGCGAGAGGAAAACUUCUAAUGUUGAGAGGAUUUACGACAAAAUAAUUCGACUCAAAAGAGGUCCUACUGACCUCCCUAUGUACGCACCAAUUUCCACUGCAAUUCCUUUCAUUAAAUCCGGAAGAUGGGCCUGGCACUCUGAGCUAACGGAAAGUUUUUCCACAAUUGCCAAGAAUCUCAAUGCUUUGGAAAUAUGCGAUCUGAGAACUACAUCUGGGCUCUAUGAGUCAGCCUAUGAUAAUGAAUUUGCAGUAUUGCCGAAAUUUAGUCAGUACAAGGAGAUGAUGAAGAUUUCAUUUAUGUGGCUCCAUGAAACGGGAUUCGUGAAGAGAGGCCUAACAAUCUACCGGAGUGAGAAGCCAGAAUGCUUUUCAGGAAUUUCAGUUUUUGCUGUUGGAUUUCAGGCUGUCUCAGCAGCCUUUUAUGUCCUUAUUGCCGGCCAUCAGGAAUUGUUUUGA